AUGAGCCUUAAGGGAGAGUCUCAAAAGAAGGAGAAGUUUUGGCUGUAUGCGUUUCGCGAUCAUCUUGCGGGAAUUCAGGCCUUUACAAGUUGCAUCGGUGUUGCCGAUGUCCAUGGCGACGGUGAUUAUAAACUUCUUGUUGCAGAUGGCAAGCGACGCCUAAAAAUAUUUGGAGGUACGUCUCUUGUAAAGGAGAUGCAACUGCUUUCUGUUCCUUCGGCGUUGACGUCAUUUUACGCUGAUGGCGGCGAUGCAGUGUUUCGACCAGUUGUGGCUGUUGCCUGCGGACCAAACGUCUUCAUGUACCGAAACAUGGUACCACUGUAUCGGUUUACAAUAACUCCGGUUGAGAUUGAUAGCGUGGAUGAGGCUGUCUGGGAAGGAUUGCGCAACAACACCAUAUCCGUUGCAGAGGCGGCCGAUAUGUUAAAGGAUCGACAAGCAGACGGGGUGGAGUUGUCGACGCGUUCCAUUGAUCUUUUAGUUUGUGACAAUGCGAAGGAGCGAGAGCGGUUUGUGGAGAUGGUAAAGGAUACCCCUCUUUCUCAGCCAAGCGUUGUAACGUGCAUGAGUUCUCUUUAUUUGGAUCGAACGGAAGAAGGAAGUCGGGGAUGUUUAGUUAUUGGCACGGAAAAUCGCUAUCUCUAUGUGCUGAAGAGUUCCUCCACAGAUGUAUGUCUCAGGAUCCGAGUUCCCAGUGUCCCUGAGUCGAUUGUGACAGCAGGGGCAUUACGGACUGAGUACCGUAUUAUUUUAGCCUGCCGAGACGGUCGUGUCUAUUCCGUAAAGAACGGGAAAUUGUCCAAUUCUACUAUUUACCCAGAUGGACAAAUUGUACAAAUUGCUCGUUAUGAUAACCUUUUGGCUGUGGCCACCACACAGAACACACUGUCAUAUUUUACUUUGAAGGGAAAGCGACAGUCUUCUGUCUUUCUUCCUUUUCCUGUAACGAAUAUAGCCACUAUUACGGAAAAUGUCUCUGGAAAGGCCCGGGGUAUUAUUGUGGCGUUGAACAAUGGGGAAAUUCGAGUGUAUGUGGGCAAGUUAUUAUUGCAUGAGAGUCAGGCGUACGGCACCGUCACUGCGAUGCAUUUUGGCCGAUAUGGUCGUGAGGAUUCGGCGCUUAUCCUUAUUUUGCAAAAUGGCUCUCUUGUAGUGGAAUUGUUGCACCGUCAUGCGUCAUUUGAAUGCGAGAAUGCCCGAGAGGUUGGCCCAGCUCCAGAGCAAGAUGUGCCUAUCCCUGUACCACAACUUACGAGUCUGUUUGUGGCACAGGCGGAACGUGAGCGCAAGUAUAGCUUAGAUAUUCAUCGUUCAUUUCAACGUGAUAUCUGUCAAAUUCGAUUGCAGAGUGCCAAAUUGUAUCUGUCGAUGUUGUCUGGCAAUGGUGAAGGGGGAGCAGCGGGGGUAAACAUUCAACGAAGAGAAGAGUCUAUACGUAUGAUCACAGCUGUGCAGGGUCUUGGUCCUGUUUAUAAGUUGAGAAUCACUUUGCAAAAUUUGAGUCAGAAACCAAUGCAUAAAUUGACAAUUUUUUUAAGUUAUCCAUCAACGUCAUGCAAGCUUUCAAAGCACAUAAUAGAGGUGCCGUUUCUGACACCCUCUUCUCUUUCCACAUAUGGGGUUCUUUUAGAGCGUCUAGAUGGGGAUAUUGUGGACGGGGGAAUCUCUGUGUACUUGACUAGUAGUUCCUCCUCGGUUCCUUUGGCAGCAGCAAUGUUAGACCUACCGGACCCAAUGAUCGUCGAAGAAGGAUUCUGA